GGGGGAUGCUGAGCCUGAGGGAGCUUUAAAACAUUGCCGUGGAUCUGAUAUUUAACACAGCAUCCCAUCCAGCCCUGGAUUUUUCCUUUAACCAAUGUUUUUGGCUUUGGUUUUUGUCCUCUCACCUGGAUUUUAGGCUUUUUGUCGGGUUCAUUUAUGGGUUGCUGGUAGGACGAAGGACAGGUGACUCAAGAUGGCCGUGGCUUUGGACGCAGUGUGGGUGAGGGUGAAGAACGUCUGCAAACAGAAUGGGCUCCUCAUCAUGUCGGUGCUGGCCGUGGUCAUUGGCUGUCUUUUGGGAUUCUUCCUGAGGACACGGCGUCUCUCAGAGCAGGAGGUGAAGUACUUCCAGUUUCCUGGAGAGCUGCUGAUGAGGAUGCUGAAGAUGUUGAUUCUCCCGCUCGUCGUGUCCAGUUUGAUGUCAGGACUGGCGGCCCUCGAUGCCAAGUGUUCCAGUCGGCUGGGUCUGAUCACGGUGUCUUAUUACCUGUGGACCACCUUUGUGGCCGUGGUCGUGGGGAUCAUCAUGGUCUCCAUCAUCCAUCCAGGAGGUGCAGCCCAGAAAGAGGACUCCGAGGACAGCGGCAAAACUGUCAUGAGUUCUGCUGAUGCUCUGCUCGACCUCAUCCGCAACAUGUUCCCUGCGAAUCUGGUCCAGGCCACGUUUCAGCAGUAUCGAACAAGCAGUGAGUACAUUGUGAAAGCCAAGCCCACGCUGAGUCAGGCCCAAUCAGAGUCCAGUACACGGCGAGCGCUCAUCUACGGUAUCCAGGAUGAUAAUGGGACUGAUAUCCAGAACUUCGCCCUUGACCUGACCCCUCCUCCAGAUGUGCUCAUUCGCACUCGGGAAGGAACGAGUGAUGGGAUGAAUGUUCUUGGAAUUGUUAUUUUUUCAGCCACAAUGGGUAUUAUGUUGGGGAGGAUGGGGCCAAACGGCAGCGCCUUGGUGAACUUCUGCCAGAGCCUUAAUGAAGCUGUCCUCAGGAUUGUUGCUAUUGUUAUAUGGUACUUUCCUUUCGGCAUUGUGUUCCUGGUUGCCGGUAAGAUCCUGGAGAUGAGCGAUCCUUCGGCCAUGGGGAAAAAGCUGGGAUUUUAUGCGGUCACUGUGGUGUUUGGACUGGUUUUGCACGGUUUGUUCAUCCUGCCAGCCAUGUACUUCUUCAUCACCAAAAAGAGUCCCAUCGUUUACAUACGGGGAAUCCUGCAAGCCCUGCUCAUCGCCCUGGCAACCUCUUCCAGCUCCGCCACGUUGCCUAUAACCUUCAAGUGCCUCCUAGAGAACAACCACAUUGACCGCCGCAUCAUCCGUUUCGUGCUCCCUGUGGGCGCUACCAUCAACAUGGACGGCACCGCUCUCUAUGAGGCCGUGGCAGCGAUAUUCAUCGCCCAAGUCAAUAAUUAUGAGCUGGACUUUGGCCAGAUCAUCACCAUCAGUAUCACAGCCACUGCGGCCAGUAUAGGUGCAGCAGGCAUCCCACAGGCCGGAUUGGUCACCAUGGUGAUUGUGCUAACGUCUGUCGGGUUGCCAACUGAUGACAUCACUCUCAUCAUUGCAGUAGACUGGGCAUUAGACAGGUUCCGCACCAUGGUGAACGUGAUGGGCGAUGCUUUGGCAACAGGUAUCAUGGCUCACAUCUGCAGGAAAGACUUCAUGAAGGAGGGAGAUGGGGUUCCUCUGAUCUGUGAGCCCAAACCGGUCAUGAACACCCCACCUCUGAUGAACUGUCACAACAACAACGGCAACUACCGACCCCCGUCUUCAGGGGUCAAACACGACCUCAUCCCCUCGGAUGUGGCACGGCUGAUGCAGCUGGAGGAAGGCGUGCGGCCGCAGACGGAGAGGAGGAAGCCUCCGAUUCCCCCGAGGCACCUUAAGAAGAGCAAAGAACAAUGCACCAUUGACAUGAAUGGCCUUGAGACCAACGUAUAGCCCCCGUCAAGAGUUUAACGGAUCCUGGAAAGCUGGCAGGACAGCAUGGUCAUCUUUGAUUGUCAGCUUAUUACAGUAUGAAAAGUCAAAGAUGGGCCCUCAAACCUGACUGGAAAGCCUCCAAAAUGGGAAGAUUAUUUUUUUUUUUUGUCUUUUUAAACUCAAGGACUUGACAAGUGACAGGUUGAUAAUGGAAUUUAGGAUACUUAAAGGACAAAAGAUGAUUUAUCUUCCAUCAAAGUCGUCCUUGGUUUGGCUCUGCAGCGUGAGCUUGCACUCCAAUUCAGACUCUGAAUAUGGGUGUUGGUUCCUGCAUUAUUAAACUGGUUUCUAUUUGAUAUUAACAUUUUCUAUGAUUUAUUAUUACUUUUUUCUCUGUGUGCGACAUGUUAAAGUGUUUAUUAUGUUUUAUACUACUACAAGCAACCAGUUGUUUGUAUCAUAUACAAGACAGGACAUGACUGCAAUGGUCUGGUUGGAGCUAAAUGAUCAGGAGGCAAAGUGAAAUGCCCUCAUGUUUAAUUUUGCCUUAAAAAGCUGGUUUAGCAAAGCUGCUGGUGCUAUAGGCUGAUGGUGAUGACAGGGACAACAUGAAGAAGCAGACCGGACACAUGGAAAAAAAUAGGGAUUGUUUGUGUGAUUGC